AUGGUGACACUACCUGAGGACACAGUAGAACUGGAGGUGGAGAUUCUCCUGAAUUCCAAGUCCCCUGAGAUUGGGGCAAAGCUACAGCCUGGACCAUGUUUUGAGGCUCCCAUCAUCAAGAAUAAUUUAGGUGGCAAGGAGUUCCCUCCCGCGUCGGGGGGCCGGGCGUCCGUCCCGGGAGCCGGGACUUCGGGAGAGGCACGUACAAAGCUCCGCGUGGCAGAGGAGCACAAGUGCGCGGGGAGGGAGGAUGCGGGCCAACGGAGGCCCUGUCGGCUCCCGGGGAAUUGCAAGCCUCGAGGCGUCGCGGCUGUUGCAAGCCCCCACGGCGCGCGCAAACUGCGCGGAACUACUUCUCCGGGGCGGCUGCGGGGCCAGCGUCCCAGCCGCGGCUUCACGGGGGCGGCCGCAAAGGGCCCCAAGUCGGUUGCCAGCUCUCGGGCGCGGCCACGGUGCCGGCGGGCGGGGGCGCCCGGCUGCCGCUUCCCCGGUCCCCGAAAAGGGUGGGUGGUCGCCCGAGAGCGAAGUUUCCAGCGCCGGCUGGAUUCCUGCGGAAUGACGACGGCUCACCAAGCCCUGUGUUUUUUUUUGCCUGUCUCUCCUCCUCCCUUUCCUGCCCACCCCCUGGCUCCCCUCCCCUCCGUCCCCCACUCCUCCCGAAGGCCGAAGAGACAAGCGAAGCCCACCGCAGACGAGGGCUUUUGGGAUUGUAGCGUCUGCACCUUCAGGAACAGCGCCGAAGCCUUCAAAUGCAGCAUCUGCGACGUGAGGAAAGGCACCUCCACCAGGAAACCUCGGAUCAAUUCUCAGCUGGUGGCACAACAAGUGGCACAACAGUAUGCCACACCACCACCUCCGAAGAAGGAGAAGAAGGAGAAAGUGGAAAAGCAAGACCGAGAGAAACCUGAGAAAGACAAGGAAAUCAGUCCUAGUGUUACCAAGAAAAACACCAACAAAAAAACAAAGCCAAAGUCUGAUAUUCUGAAAGAUCCUCCCAGCGAAGCUAACAGUAUACAGUCUGCAAAUGCUACAACAAAGACCAGUGAAACAAAUCACACCUCAAGGCCCCGGCUGAAAAACGUGGACAGGAGCACUGCACAGCAGUUGGCAGUAACGGUGGGCAACGUCACCGUCAUUAUCACAGACUUUAAGGAAAAGACUCGCUCCUCCUCCACAUCCUCAUCCACAGUGACCUCCAGUGCAGGGUCAGAACAGCAGAACCAGAGCAGCUCGGGGUCAGAGAGCACAGACAAGGGCUCUUCUCGUUCCUCUACGCCAAAGGGCGACAUGUCAGCAGUGAAUGACGAAUCGUUCUGAAAUUGCACAUGGAAUUGUGAAAACUAUGAAUCAGGGUAUGAAAUUCGAAUCCUCCACCUGCCCAUGCUGCUUGCUGCCCUGGAGUCUUCUGUGGACAUCGACCUUAGUGAUGCUGCCAGGAUGAUUUCUGCUGGCCUUGGGCAUCUGGCCACCAAGGAAUUUCGCACCCUGAUGAUUACUCUUGACACUUUUAUGUAUUCCAUUGUUUUAUAUGAUUUUCCUAACAAUCAUUUAUAAUUGGAUGUGCUCCUGAAUCUACUUUUUAUAUAAAAAAAAUCUGCUGUGCACAAUUUUCCAUGUACAUUACAACUGGUUUUUGUUUGUGUUUUGUUGAGGGGCAUUGGGGGGGAGGGAACUUUUAUUUAUUGUGUUCACAAACUCCAUCCGUUCAGCAUAUCCUCUUAAGUUUAGUUCUUUCUUCAAGUUAUACUAUGUACUAUCAGUUUUGAUAUAACUAUAUAUAAAUAUAAAAUUAUAUAUAUAAAAGGUUAUUUGAAACCAAUCCAUGGCAACGCUGGUGCUUGAUACACUGUGAAGUGAAUACAACAUUGAACAGCUAGCUCUGGGACAAUGCCUUCUGUGAACGUGCUGAUGUUGAAUUCAAGUCAGUCUUACAUGAAGGAGGUUCCAGCCCACAUGGGAACCUGACUCUCAUCUAUCUAAAGAGUACUGGACGAUAUAAAAUAUAUAUUUUUAAAACAAUGUGAUCUCAAAUUUAAAGACUGCUCCAGAUAGCCUGCAUUUGCAAUGGAUAACUGACAAAUCACAAGUGGUUUAAUUGGGGAGGGCUUUGAUCAUUAAGAAGUAACUCAGCUCCAGAAUGCCAAGUAUUCAUGUAAAUUAUGGUUACAUGUUACCAUUGCUGUUCCUACAUAAGUACUCAUGAAAAUACAGUGUUCUGUAACUUGAAUCCAGUUUCCAGACCACUACUCAUGUCUGAGGUAGAUCUAGUAAUUGUCUGUUUAGGAUUACAACAGUCUGAAACUGCGUUUUGGUCUGUGCUGUCCACGGAAGCAGUCCCUGGCUCCCACUUGCCAUGUGUCCUCAGGGUGGCGGUGUCUCUAUAGACAGUUGGCAUUUGUUGGCUUUGCAUCCUUCAGACCCUUCCCCACCAAGGCAGUUGUGACGAUUCUCCCUUUUUCUCUCUUAAUACCUGCCAUGGUUCACUUUCCUAAACAGAGCUUGUGGACCACACAUCCAGUCCCCACAGGGAGCUCUUCAGUGUCUGGAGCCCUUUCUCAGUCCUUGGCUGUGGGAAGGACUGCAGGAGUGAUGACAUGGCUGCCUUGCGGGAAAAGCUUACUUACAGGGGAUCUUUGUCUUCCUCGACAGACAGACAGACAGACACACAGCUUGAGUAAAUGCUCUGUGAAGUUUAUCUCCUUUCACUAUCUUAACAAAAAAUAAAUAAAUCACCACUAAUACAAUUCCACCCUUCCUCCUUUUAAAAAACAACAAAAAAACCUGUUUUCUUUUGCUUUUAUUUGUAUUUGGGGUCUAUUGUAUUUGACUCUUUACAUCCACUGAGUUUGUAGUAUAUCACGGUCAUUUCCAGCAUGAGAACUUGGUGUUAACUGUCCUUUAUCUAAUCAUACUUUAAGGACUCACGGGAGGGCAUAUAAUGUAACAAAACACCGCAUUUUGGUGUUAAGAACCUGAAUUGCUUAUUAAUAACUGAUUUCUGACUGUGGAGGCAACAUGUUAAAAAUUAACAGCUUGAAUUGAGUAGCCAACAAGGAAAGGUUCCUUUCACAUUUACAUUAAAACUAUUCUGUAAUCACUAAUGUACCAUAACUUAAAUUCUGUGCUCAAAGGUAUAGAUUAUAAAGCAGUGCCAUUUGUUGCUGUGAUCCUAUUCUCAAAUGCAUGGACAAUGUUCCCCUCUUUUUAAAAUAAUGCUUGUAUCUGGGAUGCAAGCUGUGCUUAUCUUUUUAAAUACCUUUUUAAAGUAUUUAUUAAUGAACCAAAGGAAAUCAGGUGCUUUCUGUAAGCAUCCGAAUAUAUAAUACAUAGUGAUUUGACUAUGAAUUUUAAAUCCACAUUUUAAUAUUAGUGUGAUAUUGCAAAGACAUUCCUUCUAAAGUUUUAAUAUUCCUUUUAUUAAGGGUCUCAGGGAGGGUAAAUUAGUCAGCCAUAUUUAUUUUCCAGAGGUGUAAGGAAUUGCUAAGUUUUUAAAUUAACUUUUUAAAAAAAAAUUUAAAAUGCCACCAAACUCAUGGGUUGCACUGCUAUUUGAACCAAUAAGUGUUGGUAUGCACUUUGUUCAGAAACACUGUGUACUUUUUCAAAAUUAGUUUCAUGUAAAGUGAUUGGACCCCCUAGACUAGUGGAAAAAGCUGAUUAACCAGCUACUCAUAGGCUGCUAAUUAAUUCAUUGCCAGUGUCUUGGGUUUUCAGUUUGCCUCCGUGAAAAAAAAAAUCAAAAGAAUGGGGAGAGGGGAUAGCAGGGAGGGUUUCUUCAGAAGAGUGGGGUGGAUUUGCCAUUUGGGUAGAAGUUGCAGCUGAGUGGGGGUUAUCUGUGUAAUCAGGUGGUACAGGGCCAGCCCUUCCACUGCUCUCUGUGUGCUGUUGGGAUGGAGAGGUGAUAGGAACUUCAGGCUUUUUAAUUUCUGCAAUUGAUGACAUCCCUCAGGCAUGUAUUCUGGAAAUGGAAUUUUAACUUCCUGCAUUUGCAGUUAGCGCUACAAUUAGUAGGCAGUGCGUUAAAACACUAGUGUAGAUUAUGAAGAUAAACAUGAAGAGAGGACCAGAAAUACUUGGUAUUCAGUGGUACAGAAAGCAGGUUUGAAAAGAACACACACAAAAACAAAAAACAAAAGCACAGUGUUACGCUCAAUUUUCCAUUUGUUUUAUUUAGUACACGUGUGAUGUUUCACACUUGUAUGCAGACACAUACAGAGCUUACCUAGCUUGCUCUGCUUGAGUCAUGCAGUUGGGGAAAAUAAAGACAUCUUAACACCCACAGAAUAUUUUAAUCCAAACCUUUCCGUUUCAAUAUGGAUAUAUAAAAACAUUGGCAGAAGCUUCUGUGAGUUUAGUUCCUCUAAGACGUUUCACCUGCCUUAUCAAGACCAUGCUCAGUCUACUUUUUUAAGCUACCGUAUCUUAAAUUAUUGAAAAUUUAUUAAUUGCUGAAUAUAUAAUAACCUUUGCUUGUAUGUAACCGGAAAUGGUUUAAGAGCCAACAUUUAGAGUAUGACAAUGGAGCUGAACAGUUUUAAUGCGCAAGCAGUUCUGUUCUUGUGUAAGACUCGUAACCUUAAUUUACUGUGUAAAGAUGGUUACAUUAUUUCCUUAGCUUUGUUUGUUGGAGACAAAUAGAGAAUGCUUGUUAAGUAUGUCAAAACAUAAUCUUAUCUUGUGAAUUUUCGUUAAUGUAUUAUACGAGCUCUAUUUUCCAUUUGCCCAGAAAGACAGCUUGUAUAACGCUUUUGGAAGUUUCUGCUCCGUAACGUCUUUAGAGCUGACAGUCGGUUAGGUUUGUUUUCUCUUCAUGCUAAAGUGUCAGUUGGUGGUUUUGUGAACUGGUCAGAAAUUCACAGGUCUUAAAUGUUUUGGGGAAAUUUAUAUUGGACACUGCUCUUUGUCUAGCAAAUAAAAGAUGUUAAUAUAUUCCUGUUACUGGCAUGUGCACGACUAUGUUAUUAGAAGCCACUUUAUCAUUUUCCUGCUUUAAAUAGAAAUGUCUAUUUAUGAAUUCUGCUUGUAGUUUUUUCACAAAUAAAAUAGUAAAAUUUA